AACCUUUGCCUGAGACUACACGCCAAAAUAGUCCCGCGGAACAAAGCAGUGUGGAGUACUAAUUGUAAAACUAAUCUUAUGGUGUUGCGAAUCACAUACAGACAUUUGCCAUUGUACCAUUUGAGCUGGCAAUCAAAUAUUAGAAUGUAUUUGUGGUAGAUGUGCUAAAAAUUUAGAGAGUCAGUCGUCAAAUAUACCAUUCAGUUUCAUCUAUUUAGCACUGCAAAAUAGCAGUCCACAAAGUGAACACUGACAAGGAAAAACUCUCGGAGGGAUGAAGAAAGAAUUAGAAGCCUAACUUCCUCUGUCCAGAAGAGUAAUCACUUUAAUGGUGAAUGUUAAGCAACCAAAACAUUCAAUUUAUAAAAGUAGCAUUUUCCAUAAUAAAUGUGCGAGUCAAAUCAAUUUCAAAUUGCGAGUGAAAAUCUGAAACCAUUUGACGGCGCGUGGUAAUCCCAACCUAUAGGUUUCGACUCCACAUUUAGCACACUGUACGAUUUUUGAUAUGAUUACAUAUGCUGGAAAUUUUAGUUACAAAAUAUUAUACACUGUAUUGGUCUGUUGCCCUACUAACCAAAAUAGAGCGAGCACAGUUUUAUUGGUUCGCUGCUGCAUCACAUGACACUCUGACUCUCAUAGCACGUGCAACAGUUUAACUGGUUCUUGUCGUCACAUCCGUUCACUAGAAACGUCACACCCGGAAUUAGAAUGUCAUAUUAAGGGAGCUGCUCGAAUUUGUAAUAGGAAAAAAAGCUUUAUGAGUUGGAAAUUACACGCUGUCUCAUUUCUGAAAUGCCCCGCUAUUGCGCCGUGAAACUAUGUAAAAAUCGUGGAGGGGUCCUUUCGAAAGACAACAAGAAAAUUAGUUUCUACCCGUUUCCUUUGCGGGACGAAGCUCGUCUCCAGAAAUGGGUUGAUAAUAUGAAACGAGAGCAAUGGACCCCAAGCCGACAUCAGUACUUGUGCAGUGACCAUUUCACCGAGGACUCGUUCGACCUUCGAUGGGGGAUUCGCUACCUGAAGAAUACCGCUGUGCCUACUAUCUUCCCUUUCAUUUAUGACGAUGAAACGUCUCCUAUUCAGGAUGAGCUGAAAAGGUUGCAAAGUAAAAAGAAUUCAAAGCCCAAACCAAAGACAUCUGACAUAAAUGGGAAACUCCUGGAACCCUCCUCACCCACAAAGAAGAGAGCCCUGAUCUUGAAAAGAGAGAUACCCAAGGAGGAGAGUGGGGUGGGAGAGGGUUUGGAAUCUAACCCUGGGGGUGACGAACCCCCAUUUCCCACAGUUUUAUUCCUGAGGGACUUGGACUCGGAAGGACCUGGCUCAGGCGAGGUGCUUCAUCUACAAGCUCUGCCUCUGGGGCACAGUGAGGAAACUACGGAGCAGCCCGGGGAUGAGAGAACGCUUAUAGUCUCUGGUGUGAACCAGCUCGAUGAAGAUCGCCAGUGUCCUAGGUUGGCUACGCAGGACAGGCUACGGGCAGCCAUAAGUCAGGCGAUUAGGUCUCUCCCCCUGAGCCUUCCAGGUGAGCACCCCGUAGCUGGCACUGGGGAUCAGGAGAGGGAGCCCUCGAGCACGGAGUACAAUUUGCUGGAUGAGCACUCCUACUCACGGCAGGACACUGACAAGGAGCAGCUGUGGAACAAGAUAGCUGGCCUCCACGUGAAAAUCAUGGAGCUGGAGAAGAGAGAGGAGGAAACGGUGGUCAAAAUGAACACUUUGGAGAACCUGAUUGCACAUCUGAGGAAAGAAAGUAUUGUUUGUGAAGAAAAGCAGAAGGCACUGGAGGACUAUUUCACAUCUGUAUUUCUUUAAGGACCCUUUGACCUCCCUUGGCUUGCUGCUAUUAAUCAGUGAGUUUAAUCUGUAGGAAGGAAAGUCUUUUUACUCUUUCUACAUGCUCACUCACACGUUUUCCUUAUGAACAUCCAUGCAGCGCAAAAAACUUUGGCAGACGCUGAAAUGGAGACGAAUCAAAGCGGGCUGUGGUACAUGGAGGCCAGUGUGUCUGAAAGACAGGAGUGGCACUCUUCCCGUGUGUGAGGCCGGAGUUGUGAGCACACACCAGCUCACAAAAGUGACAGGGACGAGUAGUGCAGAAGUGUCAGGUGACUUAAACAGCUCCCACAAUGUGUUCUGCAACAACAUCUGCAGUUAUACUUGAUAUUUUGGUGGAAACCAUUAAAUUGCUUUGCUUA